AAAAUCUGAUAAUCAUCCGGAAGUUUGUUACUGUUGGCAGAAUUGAUUUUUAGUUCAAUUCCUUUCCACCUGGCGUCGGUUUUCUUCCGGCAAAUUCUUUUCCCAAGUUGACCGAUUAUCGGACAAGAUGACCGAAGGCACAGCUACCAUCAGAACUAGAAAGUUCAUGACCAACCGGCUGCUAUGCCGUAAACAAAUGGUUGUGGAUGUCCUCCAUCCAGGUCAGCCCUCAGUUCGCAAGACUGAGAUUCGCGAGAAACUCGCUAAAAUGUACAAAGUCACCCCAGACCUCAUUUUCGUUUUUGGAUUCCGCACAAACUUCGGGGGUGGUAAAUCCACUGGGUUUGCGUUGAUCUACGAGACUCUCGAUUUCGCUAAGAAAUUCGAACCCAAGCACAGAUUACAGAGACACGGACUCUACGAGAAGCAGAAGGUGACCAGGAAACAACGUAAAGAACGUAAGAACAGAAUGAAGAAGGUUCGAGGUACCAAGAAGAGCAAGGUCGGCGCUGCGGCUAAGAAGGGGAAGAAGUAAAAGAAUAAUUCAAAUAAGUAUCAUCGGGCUUCAAUGGAGGAUGGUCUCAUUAUAUGAUUUAUUAUUCCGCAUGUCAACGUCUUAUGUAAACUGGGAUUAUAAUUUUCUAUUUCCUUGAA